AUGCAUCCCACACAGCAGGCUGCGUGGAGGAGGGCUCCCGAUGCGGAGGAAACUGCGCGCCGCCAGACCGUCGGUAUCAACAAGGAGACGGUGACCAAUAUCUCUUCGACCGACUACCCCGGACAUCACCCCGGCGAGGACGCCGCCUUCACCAUUGAGCGGUUCCGCGAGGGCUUCUCUGUGGGAUUUCACCAGAACGACCAGUUCCUGUCGUCCUUCUCCCUCGUCGGCAUCGACGCCUCUCUCGCCAACGCCUUCCGCCGCAUCCUCCUCGCCGAGAUUCCCACGCUCGCUGUCGAGAACGUCUACAUCGAGAACAACACCUCCGUCAUCCAGGAUGAGGUCCUCGCCCACCGACUCGGCCUCGUCCCCUUCAAGGGUGGCCGAGAGGGCCUCCGCGACUUCCUUAAGUGGUAUAAGAAGCCCGAGCCCGGAGAGGACCCUUUCUCAGGCUGCUUCGACUACAACACUGUCCGCCUUGAGCUCAACGUGACGUGUACCGUGAACCCGGACGCCUCUCCCACCGAAAACGAUCCCCUCAAGGCCUACAACAACGCCCACGUCUACGCCCGCGACAUCGUUUUUGUACCCACGGGGAGACAGGCCGAGUACUUUGACGGGGAGGACGCCAUCGCCCCGACGAACCCGGAUAUCCUCAUCGCCAAACUGCGCCCGCGCCAGACCAUCAACCUCGCCAUGCACAUGCACAAGGGCAUCGGCGCCGACCACGCCAAGUUCUCCCCCGUUGCGACCGCCUCGUACCGCCUCCUGCCUACUAUUACUAUUACCAAGCCCAUCCUGGGUGCCGACGCCGACAAGUUCGCCAAGUGCUUCCCUCAGGGUGUCAUUGGUCUUGAGCGUGUCACUGCCGAGGAGGCUGCGCAGGCUGGUAGCGGUUACGAGGGACACGAGGGCGAGACCAAGGCCGUGGUGGUGGAUGCCAUGAAGGACACGGUCAGCCGUGAGGUCCUGCGGCAUGAGGAGUUUGAGGGCAAGGUCAAGCUGGGCCGGAGGAGGGAUCACUUUAUCUUUUCCAUCGAGAGCACGGGGCAGUGGGACAGCGACGAGCUCUUCCUCGAAUCUGUCAAGCACCUCAAGCUCAAGUGCAAGAAGCUUGAGCAGCAGGUCGUCAACAUGGUGCGGUAG